AUGGAGCCUCCGGUGCCGCCGCCUCAGGAGCAGCCGCCGCGCCCUCGCUCCCACACGGUCACCACCACCAGCAGCUCCUUCACCGCCAACCUGUCGGCCAGCUCCAGCACCCUCGCCUACGACAGGGAGUUCCUGCGGACCCUGCCCGGGCUCCUCAUGGUGACCGAGAUCGUAUUGGGGCUGCUGGUGUGGACCCUGAUUGCUGGAACAGAAUACUUUCUAUAUCCAGCCUUCGGCUGGGUGAUGUUUGUAGCUGUGUUUUACUGGGUUCUCACCGUCUUCUUUCUGAUCAUCUACAUGACAAUGACCUACACCAGGAUCCCCCAGGUGCCAUGGACCACGGUGGGUCUGUGCUUUAAUGGAAGUGCUUUCAUUUUAUACCUCAUUGCUGCCAUUGUAGACGCAUCUUCAGUUACCAAAGAACUGGACAGUCACAAUUACAACAGCUGGGCAGCUUCUUCAUUCUUUGCCUUCGUGGUUACGUCCUGCUAUGCUGGAAAUACGUAUUUUAGCUUUAUAUCUUGGCGAUCACGAACUCUGCAGUAAAUAUUUUGUUAAAAAGAAUUCUGUAGUAUAAAGUAUCUUGAGGAUUAUACUCUUUUGACAAAAGCUUGGAAGAGGGAUGAGGUCUUUUUGAACAUUUCUAUUAGAAUUGACACUGUAUUUUAAGCUGAGAUUAAAAUGAUUAUUUAUAAUACAGUAUCAUCUUUAGAGACAUCUAACACUGACUUUGUACUAUAUAAUAAAAUUUCGUACUGCUUAAUUUUAAAAUUAACAUGGUAUUUUUCUAGACAUUGUAUAGAUGUUACUACUAAAGCUUUAAUAAAUCUUACUCGGACAAUGUGCCAAUUUUGUAAAUGUAAUUUUCUAGAUGUUACAGGUAUACUUUUGAUACUGAAUGUUCCAAAUCAAAUCUAAAAUUGAUACUCAUGUAUAAAAAAUGACAUUGUGCAGAAAAAAAACGCACCCAAAACUUUAAAAAUAAAUAAAUAAUUGACCCAA